GACAGAUCUGCGUGGCGGGUUUCUGGUUUUCUUGCCACCCCCCUGUCCCCAAAAUCCACUCGGAGAAAACACAUGUUGUAGCCGUAGAUAACUGUGCGUGGGACACUAAGGCAAAAAGGGCAGGAGAGAAAGACAACGCAACCUUUGACAACAGAAAGCUGUUAUCGCCAUCCUAAGUAUUCGUCCGGAAAUCUGUCCGCCCUCUCAGCCCACCUUAUUCCUCCUCCUCCGUCUCCCCGUAUAGAUAUUCUAAUCUAUGUAACUGGGAAUGAUAUGAAAAAGAAGUCAGGUGGCUUAGAGAAUGAAUUCUCAAGUCUCCGUGAAGUUUGAGGUCACUUUCAUGAAUUCAGAGGCAAUUUACCAGUGAUUUCUGGGUGCUGGAGCUGAUUUUUUUGUGCGUAUUUACAUUCUAUAUCUUCUGAUGAGGAAAGAAAAAUGCUUCAAGAAGGACUUUGUGACCCCUCAUCACUUUGUAUAAGAGCCCAGAAGAAUGUCUUCCAAGCAAGCCACCUCUCCAUUUGCCUGUGCAGCUGAUGGAGAGGAAGCAAUGACCCAAGAUUUGACCUCAAGGGAAAAGGAAGAGGGCAGUGAUCAACAUGUGGCCUCCCAUCUGCCUCUGCACCCCAUAAUGCACAACAAACCUCACUCUGAGGAGCUACCAACACUUGUCAAUACCAUUCAACAGGAUGCUGACUGGGACAGUGUUCUGUCGUCUCAGCAAAGAAUGGAGUCAGAGAAUAAUAAGUUAUGUUCCCUAUAUUCCUUCCGAAAUACCUCUACCUCACCACAUAAGCCUGACGAAGGGAGUCGGGACCGCGAGAUAAUGACCAGUGUUACUUUUGGAACCCCAGAACGCCGCAAAGGGAGCCUUGCCGAUGUGGUGGACACACUGAAACAGAAGAAGCUUGAGGAAAUGACUCGGACUGAACAAGAGGAUUCCUCCUGCAUGGAAAAACUACUUUCAAAAGACUGGAAGGAAAAAAUGGAAAGAUUAAAUACCAGUGAACUUCUUGGAGAAAUUAAAGGUACACCUGAGAGCUUGGCAGAAAAAGAACGGCAGCUCUCUACCAUGAUUACCCAGCUGAUCAGUUUACGGGAGCAGCUCCUGGCAGCGCAUGAUGAACAGAAAAAACUGGCAGCCUCACAAAUUGAGAAACAACGGCAGCAAAUGGACCUUGCUCGCCAACAGCAAGAACAGAUUGCAAGACAACAGCAGCAACUUCUGCAACAGCAGCACAAAAUUAAUCUCCUGCAGCAACAGAUCCAGCAGGUUCAGGGUCACAUGCCUCCGCUCAUGAUCCCAAUUUUUCCACAUGACCAGCGGACCCUGGCAGCAGCUGCUGCUGCCCAACAGGGAUUCCUCUUUCCCCCUGGAAUAACAUACAAACCAGGUGAUAACUACCCCGUACAGUUCAUUCCAUCAACAAUGGCAGCUGCUGCUGCUUCUGGACUCAGCCCUUUACAGCUCCAGAAAGGUCAUGUCUCCCACCCACAAAUUAACCCAAGGCUAAAGGGCCUAAGUGACCGUUUUGGCAGGAGUUUGGACACCUUUGAACAUGGUGGUGGCCACUCUUACAACCACAAACAGAUUGAGCAGCUCUAUGCCGCUCAGCUGGCCAGCAUGCAGGUGUCACCUGGAGCAAAGAUGCCAUCAACUCCACAGCCACCAAACACAGCAGGGGCAGUCUCACCUACUGGGAUAAAAAAUGAAAAGAGAGGGACCAGCCCUGUAACUCAAGUUAAGGACGAAGCAGCAGCACAGCCGCUGAAUCUCUCAUCCCGACCCAAGACAGCUGAGCCUAUAAAGUCCCCAACAUCUCCCACCCAAAGCCUCUUUCCAGCCAGCAAAACCAGCCCUGUCAACCUGCCUAACAAAAGCAGCAUCCCCAGCCCCAUUGGAGGAAGCUUGGGAAGAGGAUCCUCUUUAGGUAAAUGGAAAGGUCAACACCAGGAAGAGACUUACGAAUUAGAUAUCCUGUCCAGUCUCAACUCCCCUGCCCUGUUUGGGGAUCAGGAUACAGUGAUGAAAGCUAUUCAGGAGGCUCGGAAGAUGCGAGAACAGAUCCAGCGGGAGCAACAGCAGCAACAGCCGCAUGGUGUUGAUGGGAAACUGUCCGCCAUGAAUAACAUGGGGCUGAACAACUGCAGGAAUGAAAAGGAAAGAACACGCUUUGAAAAUUUGGGGCCCCAGUUAACAGGAAAGUCAAGUGAAGAUGGAAAGCUGGGCCCAGGUGUCAUCGAUCUUACUCGGCCAGAAGAUGCAGAGGGAAGUAAAGCAAUGAAUGGCUCUGCAGCUAAACUACAGCAGUAUUAUUGUUGGCCAACAGGAGGUGCCACUGUGGCUGAAGCACGAGUCUACAGGGAUGCCCGUGGCCGGGCCAGCAGUGAGCCACACAUCAAGCGACCAAUGAAUGCAUUCAUGGUUUGGGCGAAGGAUGAGAGGAGGAAAAUCCUUCAGGCCUUUCCUGACAUGCAUAACUCCAACAUUAGCAAAAUCUUAGGGUCUCGCUGGAAAUCCAUGUCCAACCAAGAGAAGCAACCUUAUUAUGAGGAGCAGGCCCGGCUAAGCAAGAUCCACUUAGAGAAGUACCCGAACUAUAAAUACAAACCUCGACCGAAACGCACCUGCAUUGUUGAUGGCAAAAAGCUCCGGAUUGGGGAGUAUAAGCAACUGAUGAGAUCUCGGAGACAGGAGAUGAGGCAGUUCUUUACCGUGGGGCAGCAGCCUCAGAUUCCAAUCACCACAGGAACAGGUGUUGUGUAUCCUGGUGCUAUUACUAUGGCAACUACCACACCAUCACCUCAGAUGACAUCUGACUGCUCUAGCACCUCCGCCAGUCCAGAGCCCAGCCUCCCGGUCAUCCAGAGCACUUAUGGUAUGAAGACAGACGGCGGAAGCCUAGCUGGAAAUGAAAUGAUUAAUGGAGAGGAUGAGAUGGAAAUGUAUGACGACUAUGAAGAUGAUCCCAAAUCAGACUAUAGCAGUGAAAAUGAAGCCCCGGAAGCUGUCAGUGCCAACUGAGGAGUGUUUGUUUGCUGAAUUAAAAUACUCUGACAUUUCACCUCCCCUCCCCCAACAGAAAAGUUCUUAAAGAGCCCGCAUGCAUUUGUGGCUCCACAAUUACAUCAGCAGAAUGGUCUUAAUUGUUUCGUAAAGCGUGAGACAGAUUAAGUUUUCCCAGAUUUUUCAUGAACUUGAGUUUUUUGUCGUUAUUGUUAUUGUUGUUGUUGUUUUUUAAUUUAGGUGAAGACAUAUUAAAUAUGAGACACCAGGACUUGAAAACUUAUCUCAACCCAUAGCUGUCUUACAAGUCUUAUAUUUUGUCUUACUUUUUUUCUUUUGGAUGUUGAUAAAGGUUUAAGUUACUGUUUUAGAUGGGGUUAAACAUUCUCACUCAGGUAUGCUGUGCCAGCCUACAAGUUGUGAAUGUGUUUUUAUUCUGAAUUAUUUUAGAAAACAACUGAGAAUUUCAUAUUGUGAAACAGAACAAGUCCACGGCGUGUGCAGCUGCAUGUAGAGCAUAUUCAAAAGGCCUCAGAAUUCCAUUUUUCCAUGUGUAGAGUUAAACUUUGAAUGUGCCAAACUUUUUCAUAACUUUUGAAUCUUAAUAUUUUGAAAGUCUUAAAGGAGACACUGCAAAGUCUUAGACAAUCUUUGGCAUCUUAAAAUAAAAUAGCAAACCACACAUUUUUUUUUUUCAGAAAAUGGUGAAGUACUCAGGAAUCUGGAGACAAGAUAUUGUAAGGAAUGAACAAGGUUGCCACAGUGCAUGUACCCAAUUGUGUUUGCCUCUUGACGUGCCAUCAGUGUGUGACGUGGUACGACGUCCACACACCAGAGCGAUCACCACACCAGACACCGACAUGGUGGUCUUCUCUGCCUGAGACCACCUCUCACUACAUCCAUUAUCCCUUUGCCUUUAACCCUGACAUUCAGUCUUAACACAUUUUCUCUUAAAUAAUUUAUUCAUUCCAGAAUGUCAAGGGUCCACUUACUAUUUAUUUAAAAAAAUUGUUGGUGGCAUUAAUUUAAUAAUUCUUUUUUCUUACCCUCUUUCCCCAAAGAACUUUUCAGCCCUUUUCACCUCCUUCUCCUGCUAGAUACAAAGGUGUACAUAGUGAUUUUUUGUCCCCAGAACAUCUGGAAGCAUUUCUGAAACAAGAUACUACUAAAUACCUAUAUUGUUGUUUUUGAACAUCAGUGUAUAUAUGGCUAUAGAGCUGUGUAUUUGGAUACAGGUGUAGAGAUUUACACUUCAACAGGUAUGCCCCUGAGGUUCCCCGUGACUUUGAAUCUUUUGCCAGAAUUUUCCCCUAAUUCAAUUAAGCAACACGUGGUAGGAUCUGCAUCAGUGGCAUUUCCCCUCAAUGCCAUUCAGCAGCAAGGGUCAACAGUGGUGACUGCCAGGCAGGAGAGUCCCGCAGCCAAUCCUAAAGCCCAAAGCUGCGGUCCACAUAGGAGUCCACAGGGAUGCUGUCACGGGCUGGCACCUUUACACUGAGCUGCCUUGUCCCAUCUGGCACAUCUAGGGAGUUCUUUGCAAAAUCCCCAGGAUGCAAGAAGCCACAUGACAGCCUCAAAGCAAAGAUAGAGGCAAAUAGUCGUGAUACAUCCAGAGAAUGAAAGAAAACCAUAGGGAAGGAGAAGGAGGGGAAAUACAUUCCCUAAAUGGGAUGUUCCUACUGUUAACUCUGGGGAACAGAUCACUCCUGGGGCAGCAGACGAGUUCCUCUGGCUCACUCCCUCCAUCUGUGGCUGCAUGGGGGUCAUGCCUACGUGUGAACAAGAUUAACUGCCCUUGUCACACAAGGAUUUUUCUGGAGAUGUGCUGAUGGGCUGGGAAGCAGUGAGGCUUCAUUCCCCAUCUCCUAACUGCAGGGAGCUCGGCCAUGCCAUUUUGACCUUCCUGAAACCAGGACCGAUUGCCUAGGGGGGGAGCCUCACCCAGAGUACUUUGAUGGGAGAAUGUCAGCAAAUGGGACAGUUCACCUCAUGGGACAACCAGAAUCUGAUCACCAGGACAUAGGAACGGCCCCAUCAGAUUUCUUGAGCCAUUUUGUCACUUGGAAGAAAAUAGUGUACCUUCAUAUUUAUUUAAGAGUGCUCAAGGCCAUACCUAAUAGCAAUAAAUAGGUCUAGCCAAGACAUUACUGUCUAUGUCAUUAGCUAGGAGUGCUCUCUAUAAACUGAUUAAGGUACUGAUAGGAAUGUUUGGUUCUUAAUAUUGAUUGGGGAUUGGAACUUUGUUUUUGUACAUUUAUUUCAAAUGAGGAGGAGGUCGUUUUCCUAAAAAAAAAAAAGAGUAUUUAUUAUUGUCUUACUGGUUUCUUUUGAUUAUAUACCUCUCCUCCUCAGUUCAUUCUCACGUUUUUUUCUCUUUCUCUUUGACUCUUGCUCUUGCCCUCUCCCUCUCCUUUUUCAUUUUGUUGCAUAAGUAGAGUGCCGUAUGGCUAGCAUUGUAUUGUAUGUAAUUAAUUUUGCACAAAGGCAGACAUUUAGAAUAGUAGGUUAAUUUUGUUUGUUUUUAUGACCAUGCCAAAAUAAUAUUCUGGGCUGGUGGAGAACAAAGGACUGUUCUUUAGGACUGAAACUUGAUUUUGCUUGUAGUUAAAAAAAAAAAAAAAAGAAACAAAAAAA